UCGAGAUGACACAUGUGGUCCCCUAAAUGUUCCACCAGGAAGUAUUUUGGGGGCAGCCAACUAAGAGGGGGCUUCCAGAGCCGACGCAGGAGUUGAGACACGUGAGGUCACAAAGCUAUUGCCUCUCCCCCUUCAAAAGAAACCACUCUGCUCCAUUUAUUUCAGAACCUAGAGGAAGUCGACAAAGUGUGACAGCAGCACAGCACAAUAUGUGGUGGAGAGUUUGCAGCUUGCUGGCUUGGUUCCCCUUACAAGAGGCCUUUCUGACCAACCACAUGGAAACUGUCACCGUGGAGGAAGGCCAGACGCUCACUCUAAAGUGUGUCGUUUCUCAGGAGAAGACCGCCUCCCUGCAGUGGCUGGCCCCAUCAGGGUUCACCAUUUUCUUAAAUGAGCAUCCUGCUUUUAAAAAUUCCAAAUACCAGCUUCUGCAUCACUCCACCAAUCAGCUCUCCAUCAUCGUGCCUAACGUAACCCAGCAAGACGAAGGCGUGUACAAGUGUUUACAUUACAGCAAGCCCGUGAGAACAAAGCAAGUGAAAGUGAUUGUGCUAGCAACUCCUUUCAAGCCAACUCUGGAAGCCUCAGUUAUUAAAAUGCAAAAUGGAGAAAAACACAUUAUACUUAAAUGCUCCACUGUGAGAAGCAAGCUCCCUCCUCGGAUAACCUGGCUUUUCAGCAAUGACAUAGAGCUCUAUGGUAAAACCCACCAUGAAUUUGAAACUGAUGGGAAGAAAUGUAAUAGCACCAGCACACUCAGAGUUCGCACAUAUAGCAAAAACUCAACAGUGGACUGCAUUAUCCGACACAGAGGCCUGCAAGGAAGGAAACUGGUAGCAGCUUUCCGGUUUGAAAAUUUGGUUGCUGAUCAAGAGACAGCUUCAAAUGCCCUGAAGAACAGCUCUCUAACCUCUCAAGACCCCCAGCAGCCCACUAGUACCACUGUUGCAGUAAUGGAAGAUUCUAGUACAUCAGAGAUUGACAAGGAAGGGGAAGAACAAACCACUCAAGACCCUGACUUGAUCACUGAAGCAAAUCAUCAGUAUGUGGGAACGACAAGCAAGAAAAGUGGCAUCCUGCUGCUCUCUCUCGUGUCCUUCCUCAUUUUCAUCCUCUUCAUCAUAGUCCAGCUCUUCAUAAUGAAGCUUCGGAAAGCACACGUCAUAUGGAAAAAAGAAAAUGAAAUUUCAGAAUACAAUCUAGAAAGUCACAAAUCGAGGUCAAGUAAUGAAGAAACAUCGUCCCAAGAGAGACAUAGCCAAACUUCCCGCUCUAAGAGCUGCAUAAAUUACAUCACACAGUUGUACUCAGAAGCAAAAACAAAGGAGAAGGAGAAGGCACAACAUUCAGAAUUCAAAGGAGACCCCACGUGUGUACCAGAGAGCGUUGUGUAGGGUGCUCCCUGCAAUGGAAAAUAUUGCAGGGCAGCCGCAUCAUCACCUCAGUGGAGCAGCCUGUGGGAAGGAGCAUAAUGACUAACGAAAAACGUACUUUGAGUGCAAUGCAAGAUGGUGUCCUCCCAUCUGCCCCGGAUUCAGAGCAGCAAAAUGAGGACCAAACCAUGGACAUAAAGCUUCGUAGUUAAAAAAAAGAAAUAACCUAUUAUGCCUGACACUACUUCAGAGCAAGAGGAUUCUAUUAAGGCUUGGGGAUCUGUCUAUGCGACCAGCUAAUAUCUUACUGUGAAGGAAACAGGAGUUUUUAGAUGCUGGGCUCUAAUGGAACUA